AAAAAUUGUUAAGCUAUUUUUUUCUCGUUGCAUUUUGAGAGUUAAUUAAACUUUAUUUUUCCCCUUGUCUUUUGUUAUAGUUGACUUUAAUUCUGUAGGAUCUCCUGAGAAGUCUAGCCGUGAUCGUCAAAAUCACUUGAAUCUAACAAUCCAACAUAACAGAAGCCAUUAACUCUCCCAAGGAAUUAAAAACAGUUAUCCCGCGGAUUCUUUUUUCCACCUUGGACGGUGAGAGCGGGACUCGAACUGUUUGGAACCCGUUUCCUGAGAGCCCUGUUUUCCAUAGUCAAGUGUGCGAACGCUAUCUUUCAUUGCGACCUUUUGAGACUCUUGAAUCGCUAAGUUAUCCUUGUAAUGUCGGCUCAAAACAACAAACAAGCACACCGCAAGAAAAAAUAAACAUUGUUAACAUAUAUCUGUUUUUAAAGGAGUAUUGAAAAUUUUCGGUUUGAAGAAAGAUUUACGGGAUUUUUCUGUUUAGAAUGCCACUGUUGUGCUAAGUCUGGAUUUAAAUGUCCAAUAGGUCCACAUCAAAGCUCCUCCAGUUACAAUUUACAAUAGUGUCCAAACAGAUUGCGUCGACCAAUCAGAGUCGAGAUUCGGAGCUGUAAAUUACAGAUCGAUUAAGGGGCAGCAUCGCUUUUUGCUUUUUUAUUUCUGCCGGCCAUUUCACAAUUACUCCAACCUACUUUUCAGCUGAUAUCAAAACAAAGAAAAAGCAACAAAAGCUAAAACUUUAAUUCGAUUUCUCAAAAAAAAACAUUAAAAAGAGCUCAUAACUUCUAUAUUUUUCUCCAAAGUUUCAUCAAAAUUUUAAAUUUUGAUAACUUUGCGAAGUUACUUGGGCACUUUUAAGAACUGGAAUUGGCUGAAACUUUAAAACCCAAACCGAACAUCAAAUCGGAACCCACGGAUAUUGAAUUGACAGGAGAAGUCGUGACGUCACAGAUCAAAAAGGAGAAAAAGUCGGAAAACUCGAGCCCAAACACCUCGUUUCCGGGUAAAAUGACUGUCAUCAUGUCCGAAGACAUUAGCAUCUGGUCUGACAAGCAUCAACAAAAUCAUUCCAUUAUUGGUUCACAGAGCCUAAGCGAACUAUCUUCUGAUUUCGUGCCUCCUAAAAACAACUUAGCUAUGAACAAAAUCCCGACAGCAAGCAACUCUGCGAAUAGUUUUCAACCGACAAACCCUUGUUAUCCAUUAAGCAGGAGUUUUCCGCACAUUGGGUUCCCUUCAAAUCCUUUGGGUUCUUUGGGACCCAUUAAGUCAUUGGACUCAUCAGCAUCAUCGAGUAUGAAAGAAAACCAAAGUUUCCACCAAAAUAUGCCCAGAAAUCAUGCAAUAAUUAAUCGUCAGAAUCAGAGUAUCAGCGCAAAAAACAACAAUAAUAACAACAACAGUAUCAAUCAGAAUGAGCUACCUUGUCAUCUGGAACCGCAAGGCUCUUCAGGAGUUGCUUUCUGCGAAGGAUGUGGUUUGGCAAUUGAAGAUCGCUUCAUGCUUCAAACAACUGACCGUCAGUGUUGGCACGAGAAAUGUCUCAACUGCGCCGCUUGUGGGUGCAAACUCGAUCACACUUGUUUCAUCCGGAAUUCGCAGCCAUACUGCAGAAAAGAUUACGAAAGUUUGGUGUCGGGUAACUGCACUGGAUGUGAGCUGAAGAUAGCCUCGACUGAGAUGGUUAUGCGUGUGGCCGAUAAUAUCUACCAUCUCAACUGUUUCUCCUGCUCAGUAUGCCGAAUAGUGCUGAGAACGGGAGACCAGUUUGUGCAAAUAGAGGAACAACUUUACUGCAAAACAGAUUUCGAAAAACAAUUCCCUCAAUUCGCAAUGCCAGAAAAACAAUCAUCAUCCGAAAACGACAACAGUCGAAAAUUGUUCGAUUCAAUAGCCGAGAACGAAGGAAACUCGUGUUCCAAUCAGAACUCAGAUGCUUCCGACCCGAACUUAAUGGACCACUUGUUCAAAAGUGAGCAUUCGAAUCACGAGCACGAGAGCGAUCAGAUCAAAACCGAGACGAACAGCGACAACGAACUCGACUCGGAGCCGAAAGACGACUCGGAUGACGAAGCAGAUCUGGAAAAUUCCAAGGACAAAAACUCUUCCAUUCAGCAAAAACCAUGCAGAAAACGUGUCAUUCUUACAACACAGCAGCGCAGGGCCUUCAAGGCGGCAUUUGAUCUUUCGUCUAAGCCGUGCAGGAAGGUGCGUGAACAGUUGGCAAGAGACACUGGACUGAGUGUACGUGUGGUACAGGUGUGGUUCCAGAACGAAAGAGCCAAGGUGAAAAAAUUGGCCAAGAGACAACAACAGCAACAACACACUCACUUAGAAUCGGGACUGGGUUCUCCACACUUAAUGGAUGAUGGUCAGUUCAGCGUCUUCAUUCCCAACGAGGCUGGAUUUCUGCCCCCUCAACUAGACGGAAGAUUCUCUUCUCAUCUUGCUCAAUCAAAUCACAUAAUCCAUCCCGAGGGGGGACUUUAUUCUCUCCCGCCGGGACUGAACGACAUGUACCCCGUAUGCUCUGGUCCCCCCAUGGGCGGUGGAGGUCAAAUUCCGAACGAAUCCGAGUUCAUAAACGCCACUUCGGAUUUUCCCCAAAUUCUAGACAUGAAAGAAUCGGAAAUCUACAACUCGAUGAAAUUAGCCAAUCAGAUUUCGCACCCGGUUGACAAGCUCUAUUCAAUGCAGAAUUCUUAUUUCACGUCGUAGUAAAAAAGACAGUUUGAAACGUGAUCGGUUUUCGUGAAUAACUUUUCUCCGAAGUCACUCCAAUAUUCAAUUUAAAGGCGCCAAUAUUUUUGACAAAACUCAUCUUUAGAGAUAAUAAACUCUUAAUAAUUUAAUAAAUUUGUUUUGUUUUGGAUAGAAUAUAGGUUAUUUUUCUUGGUGUUGAAUGCAAUUAAUGUUUUAGCAGCAAAAGCAGCAAAUCAAUCGCAUUUAGUUGAGCAAAUUUAAGUGCUAUUUUUAUGUUUCUUUUCUAGAUUUAUUCAAUUAAAAUUUAUUCUGAAA